AUGUACGGAAUGUUUGAGGAAAAGAAUCCACUAACCAACGAAUCAUAUCGAUCCUUAUUCGUUAAUAAUUUUAACAUAGGAUUUGAAUAUCCAAGAAGUGGUACAUGCAGUAUUUGUGAUGAAUAUUUGGCUAAGACAAAGGCUCUCAAAUUAAUUCUGACGAAUGCUAUUGAGCCAGAAAAAGAUAUGAUUGGAAAAGAAAUAAGAAAGUUAGAAAUUGACAAUAAGUUACAUAAAAUAAUGGCUAAUGUUAUCUAUCGACGAAAAAGAGAAACUAGGAUCAAAUGUCAAUCACCCCCUGUAACAGAAGCUAUUGCAAUGGACUUUCAAAAAAAUUAA